CCAAGCGCGGGUCAGACAACUUCACUGCGCGCCUCUUGGUGCGGUGGCAUGGCGCGACACCUCCACGGCGGCCACGAGCUCGUCGCGCACCUCCGCGCGUCCUCGCCGCUGGCCGACCUCCUCCGCGCCGUGCCGAGCCUCCCCGCCGCCCGAGCCGCGCACGCGCGCGUCCUCAAGUCCCCCUUCGCCGGCGAGACCUUCCUGCUCAACACGCUCGUCUCCGCGUACGCGCGGCUGGGCCGCCUCCGCGACGCCCGCAGGGUGUUCGACGGGAUACCGCUCCCGAACACCUUCUCCUACAACGCGCUCCUCUCCGCGUACGCGCGCCUGGGCCGCCCCGACGAGGCGCGCGCGCUGUUCGAUGCCAUCCCGGACCCCGACCAGUGCUCCUACAACGCCGUCGUCGCGGCGCUCGCGCGGCACGGGCGCGGGCACGCCGGGGACGCGCUCCGAUUCCUGGCCGCCAUGCACGCCGACGACUUCGUGCUCAACGCCUACUCCUUCGCCAGCGCGCUGAGCGCCUGCGCCGCGGAGAAGGACCCGAGGACCGGGGAGCAGGUGCACGGCCUCGUCGCCAAGUCUCCGCACGCGGAGGACGUGCACAUCGGGAGCGCGCUCGUGGACAUGUACGCCAAGUGUGAGCGCCCGGAGGAUGCGCACAGGGUGUUCGACACAAUGCCGGAGCGGAACGUUGUUUCCUGGAACAGCUUGAUCACUUGCUACGAGCAGAAUGGUCCCGUGGGCGAGGCUCUUGUUCUGUUUGUUGAGAUGAUGGCAUCGGGUUUCAUUCCCGAUGAGGUGACGCUCGCGAGUGUCAUGAGCGCGUGUGCAGGCCUUGCCGCAGAGAGGGAAGGACGGCAGGUCCAUGCCUGUGUGGUAAAGUGUGAUAGGUUUAGGGAGGACAUGGUGCUGAACAAUGCUCUAGUGGACAUGUAUGCGAAGUGUGGGAGGACAUGGGAAGCAAGGCGUGUCUUUGAUUCCAUGGCUUCCAGGAGUGUUGUGUCCGAAACAUCCAUGCUCACAGGGUAUGCAAAGUCUGCAAAUGUGGAAAAUGCUCAGAUAGUAUUCUCGCAGAUGGUUGAGAAGAAUGUCAUUGCUUGGAACGUGCUAAUUGCAGCGUAUGCGCAGAAUGGUGAGGAGGAAGAAACGCUUAGGCUCUUUGUCAGGCUGAAAAGAGAGUCAGUUUGGCCAACGCAUUACACUUAUGGAAAUGUUCUCAAUGCAUGUGGGAAUAUUGCUGAUCUUCAGCUUGGUCAGCAAGCUCAUGUUCAUGUCCUCAAGGAAGGUCUCCGCUUCGACUUUGGGCCAGAGUCUGAUGUGUUUGUUGGGAACUCCCUUGUAGACAUGUACCUGAAGACAGGCUCCAUCGAUGAUGGUGCAAAGGUUUUCGAGAGAAUGGCAGCCAGAGAUAAUGUGUCCUGGAAUGCGAUGAUUGUUGGUUAUGCACAGAAUGGCCGUGCAAGAGAUGCACUGCAACUUUUUGAGAGAAUGUUGUGCAGCAAAGAGAGCCCAGACUCUGUCACGAUGAUUGGGGUUUUGUCAGCCUGUGGUCAUUCUGGAUUAGUUGAGGAGGGCAGGAGGUACUUUCAGUCCAUGACUGAGGAUCAUGGUAUUACUCCAUCGCGAGAUCACUACACAUGCAUGAUUGACAUGCUUGGUCGUGCUGGUCAUCUCAAAGAAGUCGAGGAGCUCAUAAAGAACAUGCCAAUGGAACCUGACUCUGUGCUCUGGGCUUCACUGCUAGGUGCUUGCAGACUGCAUAAAAACGUUGAGCUGGGGGAAUGGGCAGCUGGAAAAUUGUUUGAGAUUGAUCCUGAGAACUCUGGACCCUAUGUUCUUCUCUCCAAUAUGUAUGCUGAGAUGGGAAAAUGGACAGAUGUUUUUAGAGUGAGGAGAUCCAUGAAGGACAGGGGUGUCAGUAAGCAGCCUGGCUGUAGUUGGAUUGAGAUAGGCAGGAAAAUGAAUGUGUUUCUUGUGCGAGAUAAUCGACAUCCGUGCCGGAAUGAGAUACACGAUACCUUAAGAAUCAUACAGAUGGAGAUGAGCAGGAUGAGUUUAGAUGCUGAAAUUGCUAAUUGCUUGACAAAUUACUGCUCUGAAGCCUGCGGCUAGAAGAUCAGAAUUGAAAGGCAGAUGACUUCGUGUUGAAAACUU